AUGUGCACUAAAUUGAAUAUAGCUAACUCUAAUUCAAAUGUAAUGCUUUAUUUAAAGUUAAGAGAAGGUGGUUGUGAUAAAGUUUAAGCUCGUCAAUUUUGCAGGAAGAAUUUUUGUAAAGUAUAACAAAAAAACUUAUACAAAAGAUCGAUUAAUCACAAAAAUCAAUUGGACCACCAGGACAUAAAGUUCUUAAAUUGCAUCCCAAUCAUUUAUAAGGAGAGAAAGGUUGGGAACCUGGAUUCAUGAUGAAAUAUGAUCUUGGUAGUGGUUAUAGAGACUCUAAAGGUAUUUUAUUUAAAUUAAACAUUAGAUUUAGUAGAAGAAUAAACUCCAGCUGAAGAAGCCAUAUUGAAACAAUAUGAAAAGUAUGAAAAAAAGAAAAGUGCUGCAUUAUUAUAAAAAAUGUUAGCUGUUAAAAAUUAUGCUGAUUCUCUUAAACCUCCUAAAAUAGAUGUUUUUAAUAAAGAUAGUAUAGAUAGAAUAAGAAAAAUAUCUUAAGAAUUACAUUAAAAUCAAUAAAAACCUAAAAAAUAUUAUUAAUAAGGAAAUAUGAAAUAUUAUGCACUUGCUGAAUAUAUUUCUACACAUCGUUCUGGUUCAUUGAACGAUUUAAGAAUCAAUUUUGAUCCUAUUGUAAACACUUAAAUAAAAUUAUAAACAGAAAAUUCGUAAUAUUUAAGUCCAACAAAACAUUUCAAAAGGUAAUCUACUAUAAGUGCAAUUGAAAAAGGAGCCAAUCUUAUUAUGGCCUUUUAGAAUUAAACACCUAUUAAUGAAGAAUUAGAUACAAAGUCAUCUUAUUAAAAUAAUGAAGUUGCAUCUUAACUUUUAAGAUUUAAUCAUCAUAAAUUAGAAUUGGCUGAAGAGUUCAAUUCAACAUAAUAUUUAUUUACUCCAUCUAGUGCUCAUACAAGAUAAGUAAGUCAAAUUGAUUAAAACGAUGAAGCAGUUAAGUGUUUUGUAUAAUAAUUUUAUGAUAAACAAUAUAAUGAUAAAGUUAUUCCUUCAACAAAAAGGAAUUUAAGAUUGAGAACUAUAGGAAAUAAUGAAAUACAAAAAUAGGAACCACCAAAAUAAAUUAAAAAAAAAGUAGAAAAAAGAUUAAGUAUGUGA